UCCACCGGCGAACUUUUCCGCCGCCUCCUUCUCCUCCUCAUUAGUCAUUGGCCACCACUAUACCAACCCAAAAACAUUGUACAAGUGCAGAUGGGCAACGGGGACUGUGAAUAUCCAUCCAUCGAUGGUGACUGUGGCCAGCCCCACCGGCGGGUCUCAGUGCCGCCGGCGCAGACAUUUCUGAACUCUUUCCAGUCCUCUCUGAAAGAGAUCUUCUUUCCCGACGACCCGCUCCGGCAGUUCAGGAACCAGCCACCGUCGGCCAAAUUCAGAUUGUGUCUUCAAAACUUGCUGCCUGCUCUCCAAUGGGCUCCGAGCUACAGUCUCCAGUUCUUCAAAGCCGACCUUGUCGCCGGCAUCACCAUAGCCAGCCUUGCAAUCCCGCAGGGGAUUAGCUAUGCGAAGCUAGCCAACUUGCCGCCCAUUCUCGGCUUAUAUUCGAGCUUCGUUCCACCGCUGGUAUAUGCAAUGAUGGGGAGUUCGAGAGAUGUGGCAGUGGGGACGGUUGCAAUUGCGUCGCUGCUCACAGCUUCAAUGCUGGGGAAGGAAGUCAAUGCCAAUGAGAAUCCGACGCUCUAUCUUCAUCUCUCUUUCACUGCAACCUUCUUCGCUGGACUCUUUCAAGCUUCUUUGGGUCUCUUAAGGUUAGGGUUCAUAGUGGAUUUUCUAUCACAUGCGACAAUAGUGGGGUUCAUGGCGGGAGCAGCCACUAUUGUUUGCCUGCAACAGCUUAAAGGGAUUCUUGGGCUAGACCAUUUCACCCAUGCCACCGAUCUUAUCUCUGUCAUGCGAUCUGUUUUCGCCCAAACCCAUAAGUGGAGAUGGGAGAGUGCUGUCUUGGGAUGUUGUUUCCUUUUCUACCUUCUCGUCACUAGACACUUGAGCAAGAGACGACCAAAGCUCUUCUGGGUAUCAGCCAUGGCUCCGCUGACGGCAGUCAUCCUGGGAAGCCUUCUUGUCUAUCUCACCCAAGCUGAGAAGCACGGCGUCCAAGUGAUAGGAGAGUUGAAGAGGGGGCUGAAUCCUCCCUCAAUUACAAAUCUGGAAUUUGGAUCAACCUAUGUCUCCGUAGCCAUGAAAACCGGCAUUGUCACCGGUGUCAUCGCUCUCGCUGAAGGCAUUGCAGUGGGGAGAAGCUUCUCCAUGUUCAAGAACUACCACAUCGACGGCAAUAGAGAGAUGAUAGCCUUCGGGAUGAUGAACAUUGCCGGCUCAUGCACUUCCUGUUACCUCACCACUGGGAUCUUCUCCCGAUCAGCCGUGAACUACAACGCGGGGUGCAAAACAGCAGUGUCGAACAUUGUGAUGGCGGUGGCCGUGAUGAUAACGCUGCUCUUCCUAAUGCCACUGUUCCACUACACUCCGCUGGUCGUAUUAUCUUCCAUCAUCGUCUCCGCCAUGCUCGGCCUUCUUGACUACGACGCAGCCAUCCAUCUGUGGCGGGUCGACAAGUUUGACUUCCUCGUCUGCAUCGGUGCAUACGCCGGCGUCGUCUUCGGCAACAUCGAAGUCGGCUUACUUAUGGCUGUGGGGUUGUCUUUGCUCAGGGUAGUGAUGUUCGUGGCCCGGCCGAGGAUGAGGGUCCUGGGAAACAUCCCGGGUUCUAUGAUCUACCGAAGCCUUGAUCAAUACCCAAAUGCAAACAGUGUUCCGGGGCUUCUCAUGCUUCGGAUUGAUGCUCCCAUUUACUUUGCCAAUUCAAGCUACCUCAGGGAAAGGAUAUCGAGAUGGAUAGAUGAGGAAGAAGACAAGGUGAAAUCCUCAGCUGGAGGAACCAGUUUGCAGUUUGUCAUAUUUGAUAUGGGUGGUGUGGGUAACAUGGAUACAAGUGGAAUUAGCAUGUUGGAGGAGGUCAACAAGCGUAUGGAGAGAAGGGACCUAAAGCUGGUGCUGGCGAAUCCAGGAGGGGAGGUGAUGAAGAAGCUGAACAAAUCGAAAUUGAUGCAAGUAUUAGGGCAAGAAUGGAUCCAUCUUAGUGUGGAAGAAGCUGUUGCAGCAUGCAUCCUCCUGCUCCACACUUGCAAGCCUAAACCUACUCCUCAUUCGUCUCUUGCAUUUGCGGCUGCAGCUGAGGCUGAGGCUGAUGAUAAUAUUGUCUAAUUGGUCAGUCCAGGAGUAUAUAUAGAAUUAUUAUAUAGUCAAACCAAUAUCAAAAAAUAUAUUGGUAUGCAAAAGGAGUUGAUAGAGUUGGCUUUGAUCAUGAGUGUUGUGUUUGAAGAUUGAACGACUAAUUAGUAGCACAGUUACUUCAAUAUUGGAACAAGA